AUGACACUAUCCCUACAGUCUCUGUCUUCAUCUCCACUAAACCUCACAGAGAUUCUUCAAACGAUAUUAUCCCUGCUGGACCCUCCGAGCCUGGUUGCAGCAAGUCAAGUCUCGCGCCACUGGUACCAAUGUUGCUCACCAAUCCUGUGGAGUCGUAUCGCCAGUUCAGAUUGGUCUCUCGCUCGCUUCAGCCCCCGCCAGCUCUAUAUGCAUGCGCAUCUCGUCCGAGACUUGGAAUGGCGUUCUUCCCAAAAUGCAUCUACUCCAUACGUUAUCACAACAAAUGUAUCACCACCUCAUCAGUCUCUAGGAGACAUCAAUAUGACUACCAUUCAACCUGUUAUGAUUAUACGUCAACAAGAACAACAACAGCAGGAGCAACAACACCAACAACAAUAUAUAGAUCCACUAUUAGACCCGCAAUCCGACUCCAAAAUAUGCAACAAUUUCAUCUUUUUAGACCAUCAGUCAGGGAGACAUCGAUUCCUAUCAAAGAAUGUAAAGUUGGUUGAUGACAACGUUGUCGGUGACCAUCAGCUCUCGCUCGCCUGUCUGAGUAAGAUUGUGGCCAGGUGCAUAAACAUACAACGACUCUGCCUCCAUGCAGAAUGGAGUGGUAUUUACUAUGGGAUCAUGCAUGCCAUUCAUGGACUCAAGUUUCUACAAUCACUUGAGUUGUAUGCACACCGAGUUAUCUUGAACUCUGAAAAAAUAUCUAAAUCAACGGCCAAUGUAGUUACAAAGUUAUUGAACGUUCAAGAACUGAUAUCAAAAUGCCCUCAACUUCAGAGGCUAGUCCUUCGUGGGGCUGCAUUUUGUUUUCAAUCAGCAUCAACACUAUCUCUUUGUGAUAACCAAGAAAACAAGAGCAUCUCUGGAUCAUGCAAAGGAUCUACUCUCAACCAAUCAGAAAGUGUGAUAAAAUUGGCGGCGAUUAGUGCGACCAACUUAAAAUUGGAGCACCAUCAAUAUCUGCCGUCACACGAGCUUCUUACCCCACAUUCAUCUCAUCUUUGGCCCUCUUCGCCAAUAUCUUUGCACGACAACACACAGACAAAGUUCUUAAUCCAACGUCUUUCUUUAGAUACUGCAAUAACAGAGAGCGAACUCACUCUUCUACUCUCACAAUGUCCAUCCCUUCAGUCUCUAGAUCUUCCAGGAGGGCUCGCCUGGGAGAUGUCUGACAGAUUUCUCAAAAAGCUGACAAAUCAUUGCCCUCAUCUUAUAGAAUUUACCAUCAACGCAUCUUGUAAUGCACCAGUAACAGAGGAGCGGCUCACUGCACUAGUUUUAGCCUUGGCGGUCACACCUCGCCCUUCAGCAUCCCUUACUUCCAGCUCUUUACGUCGAUUCGGUGCUCGGUCCUGCAUGUUUGGUGAUUCGACAUUAGAAGCAAUAGAGAAAUAUUGUCCUGAUCUAGAAGAGUUGGAUAUUUCAUUAACAAGAGGGAGUGAUUUGUCAAAGCCGAGGCUGCAACGAUAUCUGAGACUUGCCACAAAACUAAAGAAGCUGGAGGCAGAUGCAGUCUGGAUUCCAAUGCAAGGUUUACAGUCCUUACAGGAACAUACCAAUAAUAUCAAUCAACAUCACUUUCAUGAAAGUAACUCAACAAUCUCUUCAGCCGCCACUACAUCAUUUUCAUUACCAUCAUCGUCAAAGGAUUUUUCAUCAUUGACGGCUUGGGGCAGUAGCAGGACACUCGAGCAUCUGACUAUUGGGUUCACUAGCCCUGACCGAAAUACACACCAAUGUCGCGCUAUGUAUGCACUUCUUGCAACGCUGACAGAAUUACAACACCUACAACUGUCAUAUACAUGUUUAAAGCUUCUCACGCCAGGUUCAGGUUUCCAGCGACUUGAGAGCCUCAAAAAGCUGAGGACUUUCAGUAUCGAGACAUGUGGCUAUGGUGUGAUUACACGAGAAGAUCUGGUUUGGAUGGUCACUGCAUGGCCAAAACUAGAGCGGAUUGUGAUGAACUCUCCAGGAGUCACCAAGGAGAGACAGUAUCGGACAUGGCUUCGGGAGAUCAAUAGGGAAGAUGUCGCAAUUGAAAGCCGACAGAUGCUGUCGUAUUAA